GAUGGCAGCACGAGGAGGUCGCUGUUUUGCGUGCAACCGGCUCCUCAGUGCAGGAUCUAUGUGCUGACUGACACCACGGUGCUCCGAAGAAACAGAACUGUUUUUAUAAUUAACAUUAUUGUGAACUGUUAUUGCUUGCGCGAGUUCCCGAUUCUCCCCGGCUUUUCACGUUCCCAGUAACCCGAGUGCAUCGCGUCGUGCAAUAAUCUUCCGAGGGAUAGCUGCCUUAAUAAUUUCACGAUCCUUCGCCUCAAUCACGUUGUCCGGGUAACGACCUUAGCGUAAGAAGUAUUAACAGGCAUAAGUACUGACACAUUAUUUAAGGAGAAAAGGAAAAUAUAAGCAGUGAGACAGGAAAUGGUCAUGGAGGCAUCCCCCGCACCACAGUGUGUCGGUCGUGAGUUCGUCCGACAGUACUAUACUUUGCUGAAUAAGGCUCCGGCUCACCUGCAUAGGUUUUACAACGCCAAUUCAUCCUUUGUUCAUGGAGGGCUUGAUGCACCUAAUAGAGACAUAAACCCUGCAAUUGGACAAAAGCAAAUCCAUCAAAAGAUACAACAGUUGAACUUCAGGGACUGUCAUGCCAAGAUUAGUCAAGUUGAUUCGCAAGCUACGCUUGGUAAUGGGGUUGUCGUACAGGUGACAGGAGAACUGUCUAAUGCCGGUCAGCCUAUGAGACGCUUUACUCAAACGUUUGUAUUGGGAACACAGGAGCCAAAAAAGUACUACGUGCACAACGACAUUUUUCGCUAUCAAGAUCUGGUGUUCCCGGACGAGGAGGAAGCGGACGUUGAAGGUGUCGAGAGUGGUGUAAGUGACGUCGGCGAAAGGGAAGCUGAGGAAGGUGGUCGUUCGGAAACCGAGGAGGACGAGCAGCAGAAUCAAGGUCAGCAGAUUUCGUUGAAUACCUCGACCAGUGAGCAUCAGACUCCCCAACCAGCUCUCAUUCCCAACCAACAACCUCAAAUUCAACAGCAACAGCAACAUGUCUUCUAUCACGCACCACAACCUCAACAGCCCGUGCAUCCGGUAAUGCAGCCAGUGAUCAACGGUUCGGUUCACGAAGAAACACCAUUGAUUAGUCAGCAGCAGCAGCAACCACUUCCGCCACAACCACAGCAACAACAACAGCAGCAGCACUCUCAUUCAUAUAUCGCCGAAAACACAACACAGGAAUCGUUCUCCCAGGAAACUGAAUCGGACGCUACUGCCGAUCAGCAGCAGCAAGUCGACGAGGAGACUCAGCCACAGGCUGAGGAGUCUCAGGAACAAGUGAAAGCAGACCCAUUUGCACCUUCGGCACCAGAAGCAGAGCCGGAACAGCCUCUGCCGAUAACGAAUACUAAUAGUAGUGGUGCCAAGACAUAUGCCAACUUGGUCAAAUCCUUUCCCAGUGCCACGGGCGCCACAAGUCCUCAGGCACCAAAAUUAUCCAUGUCCCCACCGCCCAUAAGAGACCUCCGAUUAGAUGAACGGUCGCCACUUCAUCCAGCCAAUAGCGGACCUAUCCUAUCAUCCACGAGUAACGUUAGCGGAGGUCAGCAACAGGCUCACAGAGUGGGUGGAAAUCAGCAACCACAACAACAUCAGCAGCAACAACGGGCCCCGAGGGGUGGCCCAGUGCAACGAGGUAUGGGGAGGGGUCCCCCACGCCCCCCCUUUCCUUCCGAUGACAAUGGCUGGGAUGGCGAACGUCGUGGAGGACGAUCUGGACAGUAUGGGGACGCGCACCAGCUCUUUUUGGGCAAUUUACCUCACCACGCAUCGGAGAGCGAUCUUCGCAUCCUGUUUGAGCGAUACGGGAAAGUAGCAGAGUUACGCAUACACAGCAAGCAGAACGAAAGGUCCAAGGGUCCUCAGGGCGCGACCACGACAACGAGAGUGCCAAACUAUGGGUUCAUCACUUUCGAGGAUCAACAGGUCGUGUCUAAGGUGUUGCAAGGUCCGCCCAUUUACUAUCCUGAUCAGUCCGGACAGAAACUGAACGUAGAGGAGAAGAAAACCAGACCCAGGAUGUCACUCGAAGGAGACAGAAGGACAGCUGGUGACGGUAACAUUCGAGCAAUGGGAGGACAACAGCAACAACAGCAGCAGCAACCACAGCGUGGACCUGGUGGUCCGGGUGGUGUGAUGAGAGGCGGUGGACAACACGGAGCCAGGGGCGGACGUGGUGGAUUUUCACGUGGCGGCGACGGGGGCAGAACUGGCGGCGGCAUGAGACAACCAGGAAACCCCAGCAAUCCAAGCUACCAGAAUCGGCGCUAAUCGUCGUGGCCGCGUAAACCUACCCCAGCCCCUUCCUUCCCGCUGUACAUCCCGAAUAUGAAGUCCAAGAAGCGUCUUAGACAUCGCUACGCCUCUUACGAUUGCUUCUUAAGAAGCUCACAACCGAAAGGACUAAAAGCUCAAAAGUGCGAAUGCGAUUCCAUCAGAUCGUGCUCGUCCCGAGCUCUCCUAGGAGAGGAUCUUCAGAGUGUCUCGCGAUACGUCUCGUCGAUAUGGACGAUAUGCCUCUCCGCGUAGAGCCCUCGGUGAAUUCGAUUAGUGUCCCAGAACUACGUUCACGAGGUUCCUGCAGCUUCCACUGGGAUCGCGCUGCGUGCCAGACAGAAUCAGACAUAAGGAGCGACGCUCAGCAUCGUCGAGAAUAACGUGAACUACGUGGCAGGCCUGAUUGUGGCGCAAGGACUAACUAAGGCCCCGGGUCUCAUCUUCAACAUUCCCUUCCAGCCAGUCAGUGAAAGUGUUCGCGACCUUGGAUAGAUAUGCAGGGGAGAUCAAGAACGAGGAAGAGAAGCAAAACAUAAUAAAACAAAAAUUUAGUGCUUUUUGAGGGGUAGAAAAGACAGGAAAGAAUAAUGAAAACUGAAGCAAACGAUUAAUAAGUAACAAAGCAUAAAAUUCGUAAACGUUAAAGGGGGUGUCAAGAUUCGAGGGUGUCACGCGCUACUUCCUGCCCCCCAACUCCAACUACACCCACUUUCCUCAGAUUCAGGACAAAUGACACGAAACAGAAUAUGCCCAAAGGGGGUACUAAUUUCAACUUCGUAUUUCACACGGAUGAACUUAACGAGAGAAAUACCAACAACUGUCUUGAUGAACUGGUGUCGUCGUAAUCACGAACUUUUGAAUUACUACUAUGGAUUACCAUAACACGUAGAGUCGGCGCAAAUGUAGGUGAUAGUUGGUCGAGAAAGUGAAGUUCAUAAGAUUAUACACAAGGAGGAAAGAGAAAAUAAGAAAGAUUAAAAAGACAAAGUUUCGACGGACGAUACUGGUUAUGUCGUCAAACGACGGUAUUAAUUACUGGAGCAAACUUCAGACUUCAGCUGGUCUCGCCGUUCCAACUUCUAAAUCUUGUAAUGUUCCUCUCUAUUUCCCAGUUUCUCAAUUUUUAGCAAGGAUAAAGGUAAACUUUAUCCUGCUUCGAAUCAAAAUUUAUUGUUUUCGAAAAUUCCUUUGAAAUUUACUCUUCUAUUAUACACGGACACGCGUCCCAUUCUAGAAAUACACGUGCUGAUUAUAUUCAGUAUCUGUUGCGAAAAAGGUAUUUUUUUUAUUUUUUUAUUUUAUUUUGGAAAUCAUUCUACAUGGAUUCCACGGACAAUUAUCCGGCUGUAGAUAUCCAGAAUCAUCGAGGAUCUUGUUAGGAUAAUAGAAAUAAAUGAAUUUGAUCUUCCUCACUGAAACAAAAUAGACAAACGAUUGGAUAAAACUGGAAUCCAAAAAAAAACAGAACAGGGAAAGUUCGGCCAUUAUCCUUAUUCACCUAUUAUCGUCCUAAGAUUUUCUCGAAGAAUUUCUUCUUUCUACCUACCCGUACUACCUGUCUGUUCUUUCUCUUUGAGAGUGAGAAGCGUCAAUUGUGAAAAGUGUUUUAGCGUCAGGAGUGUCUUGCGUGCUCAGCUGUGUAUUUAGUGGCGCUCGAUUUUCUUCCUGAAACAAUGAUUUUCUUAGAUCUCGCAAAUUCGCAGCCUCUAAAGGAGAGUCACACAAAACGAGAAAGAUGAAAAACAAAUUAUACCGAGCAGAGUAAUUCAGUCCUUGCCACGCGAAACCACCUGUUACUAAACACGAGCUCUGCAAAUUUUUAGUGUGAAUGUUUUUCUUUUUAAGUAAUUAUAAAAGGAAACCACAAAUAAUUAUAAUGAUUAACAUAGAGGUCGGCGUAAUUAAGUUGUGAAUUUUUGUAGCAUACAUUUUUAUUUUGGUCCGUUGGAUCAGUUUGUGUGUACAACCGUGGACAACGUUACUGCGAUAAAAUAAUGUUAAAAAAAAAAAAAAGGAAAAUGAUACAAAGAAGAAGAAAUACCAAGAAACGUCAGAGGUAUUGUAACUUUUUGCAUUUAGUAUAAUAUACCUACCUUACUACCAA